AUGAACGACGUACUCAACGUCGGUGGUGAACCAGUUUUCGAUAAUCGUAUCGUCAAGAUCGAGACUCACACAUACAAUCCGUACGCCAAUACAUCGUUCGGUCACAGCGACAAGAUACGCAUACCCAUUCAACAACAGGAUGUUUACACCCUGCCGUCCGACAGUUACUUACAUGUCGAGGGGAAGUUCAGUCUGCAAACCACCGCUGGAGCAGCGGAAGGAAGCGGCGCGGUUGUCGCCGCCGCGUUGACGAACAAUUGCGUGGCGUUUAUGUUCGAUGAGAUCAGAUACGAGCUCAAUGGUGUGGAAAUCGAUCGAAAUCGCAACCCUGGUGUAACGAGCACGGUAAAGAACUACGUGUCUCUAACCACUGAAACGGGGAACGUUCUGCGACAUGUCGGAUGGAACUUAUCCGCCAAUAAAGGUGCUGGUAAAUUCAAUUUUUGCAUAUCACUCCGCACAUUGCUGGGAUUCUGCGAGGACUAUAAACGCGUUGUGAUCAACGCGAGACACGAACUUAUUCUGAUACGAUCGCGCAACGACAACAAAAGCGUCUGUGCUUCGGCUAACAGCGGAUCAACGGUGAAAUUGCACAAGGUGCAGUGGCGAAUGCCACACGUUGUGUUAAACAAUGUGAACAAAUUGAAGCUGUUGCGCACUUUGGAAAGCGGUCAAUAUUUGACCAUGGGUUUUGGCUCGUGGGAUCUGUACGAGUAUCCGCUGUUACAGAGCACGACGUCUCAUUUCUAUCCCUACAACGAUUUGAAUCUAGAUUUUNGUAAGGAACGAUACGCCAUUUUGUACGACAUGUACAUCAAAUUCAGACGAUCCUACUACGGAUGUGACGAGGACGAGGCGCUUCUAACGUUGGACAAGUUCAUCUACUGCGGACCGCUCGUGGUCAUCGACUGUUCNCGCCAAAACGAAACGGUCAAGAGCGCCACCGUUGACGUUCGCAUUGAAUUCAACUGCAAAGAAAAUGUACCCACCGAUACAACCGCGUACUGUCUGAUCAUACACAAUCGUAUCGUCGAGUACAACCCGCUGACCAGCGUCGUGCGACGUAUCGUUUAG